AUGCCGCAAGGGGACAAAAAUACCUCGCGCUUGGACAAAGCAGACGCGACCAGCGAGCUGCCCCUAUUUUAGCGGGGUUGCUCAAGGUACGGGAAGAGUGGCUCUAGCAAUUCCUGUACCCCUCCUGCCCUCCUGAUACUCCCUCAUGCAGGAACUCACCAAGUGUCCUUCAGCAUGACCAUGUAAAGGCCCGUCAGAGGAUUCAUCCAGGAAAUGUUCUUCUCCAGCAGCUAUACGAGCAGUCACAACAUAGUACAUACACAUGGGUGCUCCAUGUGAGACCCGAGCAGUCGUGCAGAGCGGCGUUUGAAGGGGUUGUGCGAUAAGCGCACGGUCUAUUCACCUUAUCGGCACCCCGCCGAUAAACAUUUUGGGUGCUGGCAGCACAAAAAGUUUUGGCAGAAUUCGAGGUUCGAGAACCAACUUUCUCCCACCAUUAACGAUAUACGUCUGAACCUGUCAAGAUGGGCAAAUCAAAGCCCAGAAACCGUACAAAGAGCCGCGCGAACCCAACAGCCAAACCCAUCGCAGAUCCAGAACUCGCUGCCAUUCGUGACCAGCGCAUUCUUCCCGUCCUCAAAGACUUGCAGAGCCCAGAUCUGAAAGCUCGGUCGGCGGCAGCGCGUGCUAUUACAAACCUUGUGGAGGAUCAGAAGUCUAGGAAGCUGUUGUUGAGGGAACAGAUUGUGCGAAUAUUAUUUGAACAAACCCUGACAGACUCGAAUUUGGAAACAAGAACAGAUGGUUGGGGAAUUCUACGAAACUUGACCGUCGAGGAGGAACCAGACUUCUGCAUACACUUGUAUAGACAAGAUGUGUUGACUGCCAUUGAUGGAGUUAUGAAGACGAUCGUCCAGACUAUUGAGUCUCCAGACGUCCCAUUUGCAAAACUCCCUGCUGCUCAGCAAGAAAUCCUUUGGAACCUUACAAGCUCAAUCAUCACUCUUGUUACUUCUCUCUCUGAAGCCCAAGAAGAAAUUGCUGAGGCCAUUUCGAAGAAUUCUACCAUCAUCACUUUCCUCUUCGGUUUACUUGUCUUCUCUACACCCAGCCAUGUCCAGAACGAGGUCCUUGCAUGUUUGACAGUACUGACGGAAGAUAACCAUUUACUUGAUCAACAAGUGGUGGAAGGAGACUGGUUGAAGAGGCUUCUCCAGAUCAAAGACGCUGAGGCCAUUGAUUCGAUUGCUGCAUGCGGGGUCCUCCAUAAUGUAUUCGUUACCAUGAAGUGGUUCGACCACAAUACGCCGGUUGAAGGAGCGUCAGAUGCAACGUUGAUCCCAACAUUGGUUAAAUAUAUGGCCCAUUCUCACCCUGAGAACAACGGUACAAACGGCCACGCCCCGUCAUCCAGCCCUGACCAGGUUCUUCAGCUGGCUUUAGAAAUCACCGCAUCAAUUGCCACAAGCCUUCAAGAAGCUUUGGAGCACGGAAGCAAAAAUGAAGCAGAGUUCGAGGGCUUUGAUGAAUCUGUCAAUGGCGAGAUCGAGGACUUAGAUAUUAAGGACAUCGAUGAAGAAGAGGAAUUUAAGGACGAGGGGUCUGGAGAUGAGAUGAAUCAGGAUGAGAUCGAUGCCGAAAUGGAGAUGGUCCUAGGCGAUGAUUCUAAUGAGGAAGACAAGCCCAGCGAGGAGGCAACCCUUGGUCUUCUGGUACGACUUGUGGCCCCGCAGCUGCUAUCUUUGGUGCGCCAAAUACAAGUUGCAAACAGUCCUCUCCAGGAGCACGCACUGUCUGCUUUGAACAACAUUGCUUGGACUAUCUCGACUAUAGAUUUCUCAACAGGCCAUCUGAAAAGUCUUCAAAAAUCUUGGACCGCUGUCGCUCAAAAUAUCUGGAAUGAAAUCAUUGGUCCUGUACUGGCUUCGAAUACCGCUGACAUUGAGCUCGCUUCAUCGAUCACCAGUCUUGCAUGGGCUGUUGCUCGCAGUGUGAAAGGCGCGAUCAAACUCAAGUCAGAAGAGCAGAGAAAGUUUAUGGCCCUCUACCAAGCAUCGAAGAGCUUGGAUGGCGCUUCAAGUGGACAGUCAAAGGCAGAAGACGACACCGACGCAUUCCAGGGACUAGGUGUAAAGUGUAUUGGUGUUCUUGGAAGUCUCGCCAUGGAUCCUGCGCCUGUUGAACUCAAUCGUGAAAUCGGUAUAUUCCUCCUCACCACCUUGUCUGCUCUACCAGAUGUUCCAGCUGCCGAUACCGUCGAAGCUCUGAACCAGCUUUUCGACAUUUACGCUGACAAGUCUUAUGCAUUCGACGAAACCGUCUUCUGGGGUGAUAACUUCUCCAAGCAUCUCGAGGAUAUUCAGCCCCAGGCGAAGAAGCUCGCAAAGUCAAUCGACAAGCGAAAGUUUGGCGAGUUGCGCUCUAGAGCAGACGAAGCAAUCCUCAAUCUUGGCCGAUUCCUGGUCUACAAGAGAAAGGAGCGAAAGGAGAAGAGAGAAAAUCUUGACUGA